CUUUUUCUUGUCUAAAAACCGUGAACAUGGUAAGAGAGUGAAAGCUUGAGAACUUGCUCGAGUCAUUAAAAUCAAAAUACUAUUAGAGAGAAAAAUCUUCCUUGCAGCUUUGUGAGUACACCUAUAGUUUCAAAUCCUUGAAAGGAGCUUUGUGUGUUUUGUUUUCUCCUCUUAUUCAUGUGACUUCAUGGCUGUGUUCUUGAGAAAAAGAAUGAUGAUCUUGGCUUUUGGUUGAAGAAUCAAUCAUCUAGUCAUCUAUAAGUGUUUUACGGUGAUUUUGACGGUUAUGGAUAUACGGAUAACUUUAGUGACGUAUGAGCAGGAUUUACAGAAAAGCUAGUUUCAGACACCAACGCCGCUCCGUCAUUAGUUGUGGCACUAUGCCCCUUUAUGUGUAACAAGAAAAAAAGAGAGUAGCUUAUCCCCACAUUUGAGUAUUUUAGGGAUUGAUGCUUCGCAGUUUGUGACACUCAAGAACUGCAGGAUAAGAACAGCAACUUAAUUGAGACACAAACCACCAAGUUGCCUCAAACUUGGGACAGAAAAAACAUGGUAGUGAAGGUGUAUGGUCCAACCUAUGCCUCCCCAAAAAGGGUCCUUGUGUGUUUGAUUGAGAAGGAAAUUGAGUUUGAAACAGUCCCUGUUGAUAUCUUCAAAGGAGAGCAUAAGGAUCCUGAGUUUCUCAAUUUGCAGCCUUUUGGAGUGCUUCCUGUUAUUCAAGAUGGUGAUUAUACUCUCUAUGAAUCUCGUGCAAUAAUCAGAUACUAUGCAGAAAAGUAUAAAGACCAAGGGACAGACCUGUUGGGGAAGACAAUAGAAGAAAGGGGUCUUGUGGAACAAUGGCUUGAAGUGGAAUCCCAGAACUUUCACCCACCAUUCUUCAACUUAGUUAUGAAUGUUCUGUUUGCCCCAUUAUUGGGUGUUCCUUCAGACCAAAAAGUGAUUGAAGAGAGUGAUGAAAAGCUUGGCAAGGUGCUGGAUAUUUAUGAGGAGAGGCUAUCAAAGACCAAGUACUUAGCUGGUGAUUUCUUCAGCCUUGCUGAUCUUAGCCAUCUCCCAAUUGGUCAUUAUUUGGUGAAUCAAACUGGGAGAGGGAAUUUGGUAAGUGAGAGGAAGCAUGUGAGUGCUUGGUGGGAUGAUAUUAGUAGCAGACCAUCUUGGAAGAAGGUUCUACAGCUAUACAAAUACCCUGUCUAGCUGCUUAUCUAUUUCCUGCUUGAGACUUAAAAUAGAGCAUAUCUGCAAGAUGCAGACCUUUUGAUGGUUUUCUAAUUUGCUUUUGCUUUGUAUAUAAAAAGCUUGGUGUGAAAGGUAAUCUUAAGAGCCUUUUAAGUUGAGAAAUAAGAAGAAAAAAAUUUA